ACGACACGUCACGAUAUUUCGAUGAGCACAACCACACUCCUUUGACUAACCGAGAAACUAUUGCGUCUAAGGACGCUUCUUGCAUCUCAAUAAGUCACGUAAGGUCGAAUAUACGCAUUGAAAAAGGGCAGUAACAGACUGGGGACAAGCCAGAACGAAUUCAGUCAUGGCGAUGUGCGCGAGUUAUUUUGUUGGAGUUUUUCUUCUUCUCUGGAGCUUAACUUUCGCCGAGCACGAACGACUAUGGAAUAUUCCAGAAAAAUUAACGCCUGAGCAGUCCCGUGGAAAAUCGAAUCACGAGAAUGACUCGAUCCAGCCGAGGUUUCUACCGUUUUCAGCGAGCUUCUCACUCAGUUCGGGUGGAUUAACGAACAAUGCUCAUUCCCUUAAUGUAGGCGGUGGAAACGAUGGAAUAAGCUUUUCACAAAGUACGAGCCAGUCUGGCGCGUCCAAUUGGAAUGAGGGGUCAGGAAUUUCGGCAAGUCAAUCAAGUUCUUUCGCAGCAGGAUUAUCGGGAAUCUCCGCCUCAGAUUCGAAUGCAUUUAGUGUGAAACAUCCAGCAUUCGGUGGCAAUUCUCAAGCAAACAGCAAUUCUUUUGCUCUGGGUCAAGCGAACUCCGCGGCUCACGGUAACGUCGUCAAUGGUCAAGCGACUUCCGGUGCGCAGUCAGGAGUAGGAUCCUCCCAUUCUUCGGCUAGUUCUGGUGCAAGUUCAAGUGUUGCAACUUUGAAUUCAAAUGGUCAAAAUACACCUCAAAGUAGACCGGGAUGGAGCAACGUUGAAGCGAAUCGCCAGAUCGGAGGUCUUUACAACACACACGACGGACGUCCGAAAUUGUACGUGACACAAGGGUCUCGAGGAUCGACACAUAGAUUGCCUGCAAGAAAACCAAUUCGUUUGGACGUCGAUGUAGGAAACACUAAAUGGCAGCAGCGCCGUCCGGAAGUCAUUAUAAGCGGAUACCGAGGUCAUCGGCAAGGCGCAACGGCACCCGGGAAGACUUGGUCCUUCGAGCAACAAACACGACCGUCCACGAGCACGGAUGCAUGGACGCAGAAUCCUUUAAAUGGGCCCAAUCCAGGAUCAUGGUCGCAAUCUCAUCGGAACGAGAACGAACCCGGCCUUCAAGUUUCCGGAGCUUCAGCUUCGUCUUCUGCUAGCUCUAAUGCCGUGGGUGGGUCGGCCCAAAGUCAUUCUUCUUCCCAAAGUAGCUUUGGUCCGAACGGGCCAUCAUCUUCAACGAACAACAGAGUUCACACUUCCGGCGAUGCUCAGAGUCAAGCUCAAGGUGGAGCAGCAGCGAUAGGACAACAUUCCAGCGGAAGCACUCAAGGUUCAUUCAGUUCCAGCGCGAUAGCAGGAACUUCGCAAAGCAGUGGAAACUCUUUUGGUAGCGCAGUGUCGAACAACCGUGGGCAGAGCUCGCAAGGCCAGGUCACUAGCCAUGCAACGGGCAUUUCGUUCGCACAGGGAACGGCAAACGCCGGAGCUGUAAAUCACGUGAGAUUCCCAGAUUCGGAUAGCAGUCAGAAUUUGCCGACAGAAUUUGUGCGAGUUUUGCCAACAAACUCGAGAGACGAAUGGGAGAGACGGAAAAGCCGAACGCGGAAUCCGGUGGGCGAGAUUUUCAUGGAAAUCAGCGACACCGUCGCUGAUAUAUUUGACAUCUGAUAGCUUUUGUCGAUUUGUAUAAAUCCCCAAGAAUUCUCAAAUAAAAUGUUCGAAUGACGAUCGA